AUGGCGCUGGCUGAGCUCUACACGCAGGUGAGCGGGGCGGGGGCACCUCAGGGAGCACCGGACCGUCACGGUGGGGGCGGGCCGGGGGGGAAGCGGGGUCGCGUCCUCCCGGGCCCGUUGAGGAGUCCACGCCGCCCCGGGAGGGAGAGGUGUAAGCUUCUGAUGUGUUUGCCAGCGAUUAGGCAGUCCGAAAGUUCAACUGCGCUUCCCGUCCACUUGAUCCAAGAGCAGGAGCCCUUUUUGUUAUGCAACUGUUGGUACAAUAGGGUUUGGAUCCCUGAUAAUGAAGAAGUUUGGCAGUCUGCAGAAAUCACAAAAAACUACAAAGCUGGAGACCGUUUUCUCCUUGUGCAAUUAGAAGAUGGAACUGAGCUGAAUUAUCCUGUUGAUCCAGCUGCUUUGCCACCCCUACGAAAUCCUGACAUCCUCGUUGGUGAAAAUGAUCUCACUGCACUUAGUUACCUUCAUGACCCAGCUGUUCUACACAAUCUUAAAGUCCGCUUUGUGGAGUCAAAGCUUAUCUACACCUAUAGUGGAAUAAUUUUGGUUGCAAUAAACCCCUAUAAACAGCUGCCGAUAUAUGGAGAUGCUAUUAUCCAUGCAUAUAGUGGGCAAAACAUGGGGGACAUGGAUCCACAUAUAUUUGCUGUGGCAGAAGAGGCUUACAAGCAAAUGGCAAGAAAUAACAAAAAUCAGUCUAUUAUAGUCAGUGGAGAAUCAGGAGCUGGAAAGACUGUGUCUGCAAGAUACACUAUGAGAUACUUUGCCACUGUGAGUAAGUCAAGCAGCAAUGCACAUGUGGAGGAUAAAGUGCUGGCAUCCAACCCAAUAACUGAGGCUGUUGGCAAUGCAAAGACCACACGGAAUGAUAACAGCAGUCGAUUUGGGAAAUACACUGAAAUCAGCUUUGAUCGGAACUACCAAAUCAUUGGCGCUAACAUGAGAACAUACCUGCUUGAGAAAUCCAGAGUUGUCUUUCAGGCAGAAAAUGAGAGAAACUAUCAUAUAUUUUAUCAGUUAUGUGCAUCUGCUAUGCAACCUGCAUUUAAGCAUCUUAAAUUAGGAAAUGCAGAAGAAUUUAACUACACAGGAAUGGGUGGCAGCACAGUAAUAGAAGGAGUUGAUGACAGAGCAAAUAUGGUGGAGACUCAGAAGACAUUUGCCUUACUUGGUCUGAAGAGGGAUUUUCAGAUGGAUGUUUUUAAAAUGCUGGCAGCAAUCCUGCACUUAGGCAACGUGAAAAUAACUGCUGUUGGAGAUGAAAGAGCAUCCAUCAGUCUGGAAGAUAAACAUCUCAAUAUAUUCUGUGAACUUCUGGAGUUACAGUGUGAGAAAAUGGCACAGUGGUUGUGUCACCGAAAGAUUAUCACUACCUCAGAGACUGUAAUAAAGCCAAUGACAAGAGCUCAGUCUGUUAAUGCAAGGGAUGCCUUGGCAAAGAAGAUCUAUUCUCAUUUAUUUGACUUUAUUGUGGAAAAAAUUAACCAAGCUUUGCAGUUCCCUGGCAAGCAACAUACUUUUAUUGGUGUUUUGGAUAUUUAUGGCUUUGAAACAUUCGAUGUGAACAGUUUUGAACAGUUUUGCAUCAAUUAUGCUAAUGAAAAGCUGCAGCAGCAAUUUAACCUGCAUGUCUUUAAACUUGAACAAGAAGAAUAUAUGAAGGAAGACAUCCCCUGGACUUUAAUAGACUUCUAUGAUAACCAGCCUGUCAUUGACCUUAUUGAAGCUAAAAUGGGAAUUUUAGAGCUUCUGGACGAAGAGUGCUUGUUACCUCAUGGAACAGAUGAAAACUGGCUUCAGAAGCUGUAUAAUAAUUUUGUCAAUAGAAACGUGCUCUUCGAAAAGCCGAGGAUGUCAAAUACGUCUUUCAUCAUUCAACACUUUGCUGAUAAGGUAGAAUACAAAUGUGAAGGAUUUCUGGAAAAAAACAGAGAUACAGUUCACGAAGUAUUGAUUGAAAUCCUGAAAGAGAGCAAGUUUCAUCUGUGUGCAAAUUUUUUUCAAGACAAUCCAGUGUCCAUUUCACCUUUCAGUUCAACUAUAAGCAUCAAAUCUGCAAGACCUGUUCUCAAGGCACCUAAUAAACAGCUCCGGCUGACUGUUGGCAGUAAGUUCCGGAGUUCUUUGUCAUUACUUAUGGCGACGCUCAAUGCUACCACCCCUCAUUAUGUACGGUGCAUAAAGCCAAAUGAUGAGAAAUUGCCUUUUGAGUUUGAUUCAAAGAGAGUUGCUCAGCAACUGCGAGCUUGUGGUGUUUUGGAAACGAUUCGAAUUAGUGCACAGAGCUACCCAUCCAGGUGGACUUACAUAGAGUUUUUCAGCCGUUACAGCAUUCUCAUGACACAGCAGGAACUCUCCAUAAACGAUAAGAAGCAGAUUUGCAAGAUUGUUUUGCAGCGGCUAAUCCAGGAUUGUAACCAGUAUCAGUUUGGGAGAACAAAAAUUUUCUUCAGAGCAGGACAGGUUGCUUACUUAGAAAAGCUGCGCUCAGAUAAACUGAGGCAGGCCUGCAUCACGAUCCAGAAGAGCAUCCGUGGCUGGCUGCAGCGCAAGAGGUUUCUCCGCCUAAAACAAGCAGCUGUCACAAUCCAGCAGUAUUUCCGGGGGCAGCGGACUGUACGGCAAGCUAUAACUGCCAGAGCUCUGAAGCAAACAUGGGCAGCUAUAAUUAUUCAGAAAUACUGUCGGGGUUUCCUGGUCCGUCGACUCUGCCAGCUUAUCCAUGUGGCUGCUGUGACAAUUCAAGCUUACACAAGAGGAUUUCUAGCACGGAAGAAAUACCGGAAGAUGCUUGAAGAGCACAAGGCUGUGGUCCUUCAGAAGUAUGCCCGUGCAUGGCUCGCCAGGCGCAGGUUUCAGAACAUUCGGCGGUUUGUGUUGAAUAUUCAACUUUCAUACAGAGUGCAGCAGCUGCAGAAGAAGAUAGAGGAACAGAGUAAAGAAAAUCAUGGUUUGCUGGAACGACUGACCAGCCUAGCGUCAACUCAUAUGAAUGAUGUGGAUAUGAUUCAGAAACUUGAAUUAGAUCUUGAAAAGUUAACUGCUCAGAAGAAAGCAUAUGAAGAGAAAGGGAAAAAAUACAAAGAGGACAGUGAACAGAAAAUCUUAACACUUGAGAACAGGAAUAAAGAAUUACAAGAACAGAAAGAGACCUUAGAAGUAAAGCUCCAGGAGAAAACUGAGGAAAUGAAAGAGAAAAUGGAUGACCUCACCAAGCAACUCUUCAAUGAUGUACAAAAGGAAGAAAAUCAGAGAAUGAUACUUGAGAAAAAUUUCCAAAAUCAGAAGCAGGACUAUGAAAAAGAAAUUGAAUUGCUUAAGGGAGAGAUUAAGAUCCUGAAAGAAGAAAAAAAUCAGCUAGAGCAACAGAUUCAGCAAGAAGUUGUCAUUCAGGAUGGUUUGAAAAUGGAAGUAGGACAACUUACAAAACUAGCAGAGAAAAUACCUGAGUUGCAAAAGGAAAUCGAACUGCUGCAGACACAAAAAUUGGAUGUUGAAAGGCAGGCCCAGUCACAAAAGCGAGAACUGAGAGAAAAGAUGUCAGAAGUUACAAAACAGCUUCUGGAAAGUUAUGAUUUUGAAGAUGUAAGAAGCAGACUGUCCACAGAGGAUUUGGAGCACUUAAAUGAGGAUGGGGAACUGUGGUUUGCUUAUGAGGGCUUGAAGAAAGCUACAAGAGUAAUGGAAAGUCAUUUCCAGUCUCAGAAAGAAAUAUAUGAAAAGGAGAUUGAAGGUUUGAACUUUAAAGUUGAACAUCUUAGCCAAGAUAUUAAUCAUCUACAAAAAUUGUUUAGAGAGGAAAAUGACAUAAAUGAUGGUAUUCGACUUGAAGUGAGCAGGCUAACUUCAGAAAACCUGGUGAUUCCCGAUCUUAAACAGCAAGUUUCUGAACUUGAAAACCAAAAAUUGGAUCUUGAAAACCGUCUUCAAGAGCAGGCUGUGAAGUUGAAAGAGAUGUCUAAGCGGCUGCAUGAUGAGCUAGAAGGAGAUAGAACACAAAGACGAACUAAUGAGGUCCAGAAUGGAGCAGACAUAAAAGAAAAAGACAGACCAAAAGUCACAACCCAAGAAAUUGAGGGACUGAGCAAUGGUCUAAUGCAAGAAGAAAUUCAGGAUGAUGUGCAAAGCAAGAUAAAGCAAGAGACAACUCGACUUACUGUGGAAAACAUGGAUCUUGAAGAAAAACUGGACAUGAAAGAUAGACUAAUUAAAAAAUUGGAGGAUCAGAUCAAAACUCUUACCAAGACUAUUGGAAAAUCUGAAGCUCAUGCACCAGCUUUGUCCAAAGAGUACAUUGGAAUGAUGGAGUACAAAAAAGAGGAUGAAGAAAAGAUCAUUCAAAAUCUGAUCUUAGAUCUAAAGCCACGUGGAGUUGUAGUUAACAUGAUACCUGGCCUCCCAGCCCACAUCCUAUUCAUGUGUGUGAGAUAUGCAGACUAUCUGAAUGAUGCUGUCAUGCUGAAAUCUUUCAUGAACGCCACCAUUGAAGGCAUCAAAGAAGUUGUUAAGGAACACUCAGAAGACUUUGAGAUGUUGUCCUUUUGGCUUUCCAAUACAUAUUAUUUUCUUAACUGCUUGAAGCAGUACAGCGGGGAAGAGGAAUUUAUGAAAUGUAACACUCCACGUCAGAAUAAGAACUGCUUGAAGCAUUUUGAUCUCUCAGAAUACAGACAAGUUCUUAGUGAUUUGGCCAUUCGUAUCUAUCACCAAUUCAUUAUUGUAAUGGAGAACAACAUUCAGCCUAUGAUUGUACCAGGCAUGCUGGAAUAUGAAAGUCUUCAGGGAAUUUCUGGCUUGAAACCUACAGGAUUCCGUAAACGUUCUUCUAGUAUAGAUGACACCGAUACCUACACAAUGACCUCUAUCCUGCAACAGCUCAGCUAUUUUUAUAGUACUAUGUGCCAGAAUGGAUUGGACUCUGAGCUUCUAAAGCAGGCAGUCAAGCAGCUUUUCUUUCUGAUUGGAGCUAUCACCCUCAAUAGUCUCUUCCUCCGCAAGGACAUGUGUUCAUGUAGAAAAGGAAUGCAGAUAAGAUGUAAUAUCAGCUACUUGGAAGAAUGGCUUAAGGACAAGAAUCUUCAAAGCAGCAAUGCCAAAGAAACAUUGGAGCCUCUAUCUCAAGCAGCCUGGCUCCUUCAGGUUAAAAAGAUCACAGAUGAAGAUGCCAAGGAAAUAUGUGAACACUGCACAUCUCUUUCUACUGUGCAGAUAGUUAAGAUCCUCAACUCAUACACUCCAAUAGACGAUUUUGAGAAAAGAGUGACUCCAGCAUUUGUUCGGAAAGUCCAGGCCAUGCUUAACAAUCGGGAGGAUGUUCCACAGCUGAUGCUUGAUACCAAGUAUCUUUUCCAAGUGACAUUUCCUUUCACCCCCUCUCCACAUGCCUUGGAAAUGAUACAAGUCCCCAGCAGCUUCAAACUUGGCUUUCUCACGAGGGUUUAGUAAAACCAAUGCAUUGGUGUUUCCUCAAAGACUACGUGAAGACAAGCAGACUUUCCAGCUGGUGGAUAGUAUGGCAGAUUACGGCAAAGGAAACUGUUAAAAACUUCUUCUUGAGUCAAGACUUCAGAGGAAUAAUUACAGCUUGUGGUUUCCUUCUCUUUUUUUCUUACUCCCUUUAUUACAUUCUUACAAUGAUGACUUUAUAUCAUCAGCUGAACACUAAGUUAACCAUACAGUUUUUUAGCUCAAACCUAACAAGAGAAGCAUUUGUAUAUGCCAAGUUUGCAUUGGCACCCUGUCAGCACCAGUCAGAGGGGAAGAAUUCCAUGUGAUAGAUGUUCUUACUUCACAAUUUUCCUUUCCUUUGCUUCCUGUAACAAGAGAUUUUUUUUCCCAAGGUAAUUAUGUUCAUUGCCUUGAUGUACUGGACCUAUUUUACAGUAGCCUUCACCCUUCUAUACUUAUUAUACCUUUAUUCAGUUCUUAAAAGAAGUCUUUUAUAACAGUUCAUUCAGAAGACUGUAAUAGAAGGGAAAGGAAGAUCCUUCCACAGUUGUUUUUGGGGGAAAAAAAAGGCAGCUACAUUGAAGCCAGGGAACUGAGAUCAGUCUAAGAGAACUACUGUCACAAACCCACAUUGUCUUUUCAUGGGCAUGCUGGCUUGGCUUGCUGGAUGCUUGCAUUGCAACCCAGGCACAAUAGGCAGCUCUUCAGCCAGGGGAGGAUUUGGGUGCUCUUCUUGAAGACAGAUUUCAGUUUUGUUCUCUGCAGAGACUAGUCUGAAUGUUUUGAUCUUUAGAAUAGAAGAGUCAGAUAUAAAAUUCAUGUAAAGAUCCAGGUUUGUUUUCCUGAAGAACAGAAGUUUCUCAUGGUUUGGUUCCACCUCCAGUGCAAUAUGUUUCAGAAUGUACACUGAGUAUGCACACACGUGCACAGCACCUCCCUCCCUUGUGUUUUUUGCUGAUUUCUCUUCUCUGGUUCAAAAACCAAAUAGGACUGAAUACAGCUGCUGUGGCCUGGUCUUGCUGGUAAACCAAACUGGAUUCCUCACGUUUGAUCUAUUUACUUCACUUCAGUUGCUGAAUAUGUAGAAGUGGAAGUGGUCCCCUUUUUAUUUUGUUCAGCCUUCUCUCUGUGGUCAGAAUGCAACUAAGAGUAGCUUUCUUUAGCACUGGAUCCUAUCAGAACAACUGGAGAAACAACAUUCACCUCACCACAACGAUGUCUGUAGGAAUUCCUCAGUAAAUAAUGCUAGUUUUCUAGACAGCCUUUUAGACAUAAUUAUUGAUCAAGUACUUUGAAAUACUGAAAAUAUUCUAAUUAAUUAAAUAUUAAAGAGCAAUCGAUUAGAUUUUUUUUAAUUACACAGCAUUUUAGUACUUCUUGCUUAAUUUUACACAGAACAAUCUGUAAAUAGAGAGAAGGAAUCACUUAGUGUUCUUGGUGUUUACUGUGCACAUUGAAAUGUUCAUGGUGAUACCCACAGAGUUACAUGAAGGAAGAAUGUUGUGGCUUGUCCAAUAACAAUAAAAGCUGUACAAAGUAUCACAGACACAUAGGUAGACCAGGAUUUCAUUGUGUUAAAUAAAGUAGCUUUUAAAUCAAUUUGUAGUGCUUUCAGUGGUGCAAUAGCUGUGUUUUCAUUAUGGGACCAUUUGAAAGAAGUUACCUGGAACUAUGUGAGCAUCAGUGAAUAAUGUCAGUUUUGUAUUGCACCAUAAACACUUAGUUAAUGGUC